AUGCCGCAGCCGGUCGAUGCGAUGGACUUUCAAAAAGCCGUCGACCACGAAAUGCAGCUCUACGAUGCCCAAGACGCUCUCAUGCAGUGGCUGCAAGCGCACCCGUCGACGACUGCCGACCUGGCGGCGAUCCAAGCACAGCUCGAGGCAGUGCUCGCACACGUAGCCAAGGUCCUCCAUAGCCACUUGCGCGACGCUGGCGUGGUUCCGUACCUGCGCGUCGACACGGUCGAGGCAGGGUCGCCGGCUGCCAACUCUGGCCUUCUUCCCAGCGACCUCGUCAUCCGCUUUGGCGCCGUCGUAUCGGUCGACGGCACCAAGACGCCCGCGUCGAGCUUGAUUCAGCACAUUGUGGCCCUUGUCAACACUCGGCGCGACCACCGCUUGAGUCUCUCCGUCGUCCGCAGCACCGAAAACGACCCCGUGCACCUCACGAUACGUCCGCAGACGUGGGCCGGCGCCGGCACGUUGGGCUGUGUCCUGCACCCCUACGAGCGCCCGACACUCCGCAUCGUCACCGAGCCCGAGCUGCCGUCGUGGCCACCGAAUGCCUUUGCCUACAUCGACGCCAUGGCAGCAGCCCCAUCGCCCGCGAGCGUCGCGGGCCUUCUCGCAAACGACUGCAUCAUUGGAUUCCAAGGCCUUCAGAGCGGCGCGACGCUUCAAGAAGCGCUAACGAUGUUCAACAGACUGACCGACUUUCCGCUGACGCUGUAUCUCUCGCGCUACUGCCCUCUCGACACGGCUUCGGCGCCGCCCGGGUAUCUCGAGUUUGCAGUUGUCUUGCAUUCCUGGGACGGUAUCCUCUCGAUUCAGCCACUCGUCGCGAUCGAAGCACGUGACGAUCCGUCGGCGCUGCCAUAUGAUGCGACGCUGCCGUCCGUGCCCUUUGCUCGCGUUCUGCGGGUGUACCCCGAGUCCCCCGCCGACACCGGUGGGCUCAUGGCCGGCGAUUACGUUCACGUGAUGAGCGACGUGGCGUAUCCGUCGCCCGAAGCCGUCUCGGACUGGAUCGGCCAUCAGUUCUCGACGCAGUCGCACGUCGCGCUGCAGAUCACGCGGUGUCUGGACGCCGACGACCGGUUUACGGAAAUCCAGCUGCGCAUUCUGCCCGAGCGAUGGUGCGCGCCACAGCUGCACUUGGCCGCGCAUGAUCGGCGGAUGAUUGAGCUCUUUGGGUGGACCCUCGAGUUCCUCAAGGAGCCUGUGUACCCGCCGUUCUUGGUCGUUGAGAGCGUCGUGCCUGCGUCGCCUGCCGCACUUGGCGGCGUCUGCGUUGGCGACCUCGUCGGCAAGUUUGGAUCGCUCCUCAAAGCCUCGCUCGGCGGCACGUCGUCCGUGGCCGAGAUGGUGCAUCUGUAUCUGGGUCCGGAAGCCAAGCAGCUCGAGGGACACAAGCUCACGCCGCUGCCGCUGCAAGUGCACCGGUACGACGCCACGAAUUGCGUCCUCACCCGCGUCAACCUGUUCCUGCCCCCGCCCAAACCAGGCUUCGACUCUGGCGAUGGCGUGUGGGGCUGCUGCCUUCAACUAUGGUCGCCCGAGGCGCUGGAACCACUCCUUGUUGUCGUGGCCGCGGGCACUUCAAGCGGACUCCAAGAAGGUGACUUGCUCCUAGAGGUACAAGGCGUCCGCGCACCAAGUUCGCUCGACGCCAUGGCGGCCGCGAUCGCGUCGGCGUCGUCGUUGACGCUCGUCGUGCAACGUUGGGACCCGGCGCAGUAUCUCUACAUUUACUUUCCGCAUGUUGUGACUGUCGCGAAGCGCGGGGACGCGAUCGUCGACUGCGAAAUCGACGUCGGCGGCGUCGGCUGCAUCACGUACACCACCUACUGGCAGCGGUACGAGGCCGCGAACCCGUCGGCACUUCCGUGCAAAUCUUGCUGGGAAGCCAAUUUUGCGACGGUGGCCCACGGCGCAGCCUACUGCGGCCAUCUCGACUGCCUCACGUACCUCAGCCAGUACUUUGAUGUCUUUUGCGUGGAUCCUCUCGGACGCACCCCGCUGUUUUACGCAGCGUACGCCAACCAAGUCGACUGCAUCCUCCUCCUCUUAUCGAUCGACGUGGAUGGCACUUUGCGGGAGGCGACCGACGCCAACGGCGACACCAUUUUGCACGCCGCGACGAGCGGUGGCGCCCUCGCCGCCAUGCAACUGCUGCUGCAACACGGCCUCAGCACCGAGCGUGUCAACAACCUCGGACUGCGCCCGGUGCACAUUGCACCGACCAUGGAAGCGCUGCAGGUGCUCGCAGACGGCCAAGCCGACCUCGUUGCCCUCGACACCUCGGGGCGCCUCGCGUUGGCGUACGCGUGCAUGGCUGGUGACGAAGCGUGCGUCGCCUACUUGGCGGCGGAAGGCCCCGAGUUCAUCGACUAUGCAGACAUGGACGGCAACACGCCGCUGCAUUUCGCCGUGCUCAGCGGAUCGCUCUCGGUGGUGCAAGCGCUUUUGACGGCGUCGCCCUAUUACAUUCUGCGGCCCAACAAGGAUGGGAAAAGUGCAUUGGACCACGCGAUCGAGAGCGGAUUCGCGCCGGUCGCUGCGUACUUGGAGGCAACGUGUAUGGUGCCCGACGAGUCGGGCGCUGGGCUCCAGCCCGCUCUCUCGGAAGCACCAUUGCCAGCCUCGUCGAGUGAAGCAAUCGACGAGUAG